CGCUUUUUGGAGGCCAUGAAGCGGCAGAACGUGCGAACUCUAUCCUUGAUCAUCUGCACGUUCACUUACCUGCUGGUGGGAGCCGCUGUCUUCGAUGCCCUCGAGUCCGAGUUUGAAAUGGAGCAGGGUGGAAAGCUGAAAGAACAGCAGAUCGGGCUCAAGGGCAAGUAUAACAUUAGCGAUGAAGAUUACAAGCAACUGGAAGUGAUCAUCAUGCAAGCGGAGCCCCACAGAGCAGGAGUUCAGUGGAAAUUCGCUGGAUCCUUUUAUUUUGCUAUUACAGUGAUCACAACUAUAGGAUAUGGCCAUGCAGCUCCAGACACUGACGCAGGUAAAGCUUUUUGCAUGUUUUAUGCCGUGCUCGGAAUACCACUGACCCUAGUCAUGUUCCAGAGUCUGGGAGAACGGAUGAACACAUUUGUCAAAUACCUUUUGAAAAGAAUAAAGAAAUGCCUCGGCAUGAAAAGCACAGAUGUGUCGAUGGAGAACAUGGUGACCGUGGGAUUCUUCUCUUGCAUGGGCACCCUUUGCAUUGGAGCAGCUGCCUUUGCACAUUAUGAAGACUGGAACUUCUUUCAUGCGUAUUACUACUGCUUUAUUACAUUGACUACAAUAGGGUUUGGAGACUUUGUAGCCCUCCAGAAAGAUAAGGCUCUGCAGAAAAGACCACUGUAUGUGGCCUUUAGCUUUAUGUAUAUUUUAGUAGGUUUGACGGUUAUUGGAGCAUUCCUCAACCUGGUGGUUCUCAGGUUUUUGACCAUGAACAGUGAAGAUGAGCGACGGGAUGCUGAAGAGAGAGCUUCUUUGGCAGGGAAUAGGAACAGCAUGAUCAUUCACAUCCAGGAGGAUUCCCAACAGGGCCGUCAGCGGUACAAAACCGAGGUGACAGAUCUGCAGUCUGUUUGCUCCUGCAUGUGCUACAGGUCCCACGAGUACACCAAUCAGGUGGUAUCUCACCAGAAUUCAUUCAGCUCCCAACUUAAUCCCCAGUACUUUCACUCAGUAUCUUACAAGAUAGAAGAGAUUUCACCAAGCACAUUGAAAAACAGUCUGUUCCCAUCUCCUGUGAGCUCUGUGUCACCGGGUUUACAUAGCUUCAAUGAGAACCACAGGCUCAUGAGAAGGAGAAAGUCUAUUUGAAAUAUUUCUAUUUUGAUUUGUUUUUGAGCGUGCUGGAGAAGAUGAGGAAAAUACAGUAACCUUUCUCUGGGACUCAGAAACCAAGCAUGAAGCAUGGUUAAUAAAAGCUCUACAUCAGCAACAAUAUGCCUUAUCGACGGCAGAUGGAAUUUUAGGAACAAGCAAAAUGCUGGGCAUCUAUUGGAACUACUUCAGCAAGGGGACUGGUAAUAUUGACAUUAUUCUGCUUGGAAGUGAUUGUAAACUGUUAGAAUGAGGAAGUUUUAUUGGUGAAAGUGGGGAUGUGUGUGGCAUACAAUGCAUCAGGUAUUAAUUUUUUAAAACCAUUUAACUGAGUUUCAGAUUUGACAAACAGACGAACCCAAAAUUGCCAAGAUAGCAUGCGCAUUAGUAAAUGAAGCAGUUGGUAUACUGGAUGUGCCAUUGUAUUUUCAACAGCUGGCUCUUUAUUACUGGAUUGUAAAAUGCUGAAAGAUAAUUUUAGCAUGCCAGUUUAAAUGCAUGCGCUUUGUACAACUGGUAUGCGUUAUAACUUACCUGAGAACACAAAUUAAUUAGCAAUGAAAUUAAUAAAACAAUUCAUAUUUAUUGAUUUAUGAAUAGUAUUUAUGCUUUUGCAGCAAUUCCAGCCAUUUGUUCUUUCUUGGCUUCUGUGAUUAUUUUGACAGAGGGAAGAGGAGUAAAAAUGAAUGGUUGGAGUUGCAUUUAAUAACUUUAGUGCAGUUAUGAUUGGCAUGAAAUGGAAUUAGUUUUUGAAUGCCUGAAUAGGGACAAUAAGUUUAGAAAAUCAGCAACAAAAAAGAUUUUCCUCUUCAGAAGGUCUAACAGUUUAAGUGAUUUUAACUGUUAUUUCCAAAAACCAAUUUUUUUUUGCUGUUGUAUGACAUAAUUCAAGUGAUAGGAAGCUGUAACAA